AUGGGCGAGCCCUCGCCCCCAGAUCUCGAGAAGAGGCCUUACUCCACCUCACACGAUGCAGCUCAACCCAAGCCCUUCUACGGCGAAGUGGCCACUUUGCCUCCCUCCGAUACUCACCGCGGUCUAAACUCCCGUCACAUUCAAUUUCUCGCCCUAGGUGGCUGCAUUGGAACUGGUCUUUUUGUCGGCAGUGGCCAGACACUGUCCACGGUUGGCCCCGCUCCCUUACUCAUGGGAUAUAUUGCUAUGUCCACAAUUGUGUAUUUUGUUAUGAAUAUGCUAGGUGAAAUGACCACCUACCUCCCCGUGCCGGGUGUUUCUGUGCCUUACUUCAUUACUCGUUUUACGGAGCCCAGUUUGGGAUUUGCUGUUGGAUGGAACUAUUGGUAUUCAUUCUCUGUGCUUUUAGCAUCAGAGGUCACCGCCGCAAGUCUAGUGAUUGAGUAUUGGCCGUCUCCUGUCAGUAUAGGAGUAUGGAUAGCAGUUAUCCUCGUCGUCAUUCUUAUCCUCAACAUCGUGGCUGUCUCCUGGUACGGCGAAGCCGAAUUCUGGUUCGCAUCCUUGAAAAUUAUCGCCAUUAUUGGCCUCAUCAUCCUUGGUGUUGUACUGUUCUUCGGCGGAGGCCCAAAGCACGACCGAGUAGGGUUUAGAUACUGGAGAACCCCCGGCGCCUUCGCAAAACCAUAUCUUGUCCCUAACCGCAACAGCAGUCGAUUCCUGGCAUUCUGGACAGCAUUGAUCAAAUCUGGAUUCUCGUUUAUUUUCUCCCCGGAAUUGAUCACCACCGCGGCAGGAGAGGCCACCUCGCCCCGUCGCAAUAUUCCCAAAGCUACCAACCGUUUCAUUUACCGACUGUUUGCUUUCUACGUCCUCGGAUCCCUGGUUAUUGGUAUUAUGGUGGCGUACAAUGACAAGAACCUGCUGCAGGGAGUUGCUAGCGGUGGAUCAGGCGCUGGCGCCAGUCCCUUUGUGAUUGGUAUCCAAAAUGCCGGAAUUGAGGGAUUGAACCAUGUUAUUAAUGCUGCGAUUCUUAUCUCGGCCUUUUCAUCGGGCAAUUCAUGGGUGUACGCUGGAUCUAGAACGCUGUACUCGCUGGCGCGUGAGGGACAGGCUCCGAAGAUCUUCACUAAAUGCACUAAGAACGGUGUUCCCUACUAUGCAGUACUCGUCACUUGGGCGAUUGGCCUGCUUUCUUUCCUCAACCUUUCCAGCUCGGGAUCGCAGGUGUUCUACUGGUUGACCAACAUCACCACGGUUGGUGGUUUCAUCUCUUGGGUUUUUGUCGGAGUUGCAUACCUGCGAUUCCGCAGUGCUUUGAGUUUCCACGGCCUGCUCGAGUCCCGGCCCUUCAAGACUCCCUUGCAGCCAUACGGCGCUUAUUAUGCCAUGUUGCUUGUGUCCCUGCUGGCCAUCACGAAUGGCUAUGCAGUAUUUUUCCCUGGACAGUUUACUGCGGCCAGUUUCCUAGUCUCCUAUAUUGUCUUUGUGAUCUUUUUCAUCUUGUACUUCUGUCAUAAGCUGUGGUACAAGACUCCAUGGAUGACAAAGGCGUCAGAUAUUGAUAUCUUCACUGGAAAAGAAGAGAUUGACCGAUUGACUGAGGAGGAAAUUGAGCCAAUCCCACGCAACUGGUUGGAGAAGAUUUGGUGGUGGAUUGCAUAG